AAUAAAAACCCAACUGCCCAUCUGUAAAUAUUAGCUUAUUUAAUAAAUAAAUAAGAAAGAUAAUAAAUAAAAACCCUCGUUUCCUUCCUUCCUCCUUCCUUCCAUUUUGUAUUUGGACUCCAUAUCCAAAAACUCCCACCAUCUCCAUAAACUCUUCUUUUGUUGUAUCACUAAUCCUAUUCACUAAAUUAUAAUUAUCUUUUCUUGGGUGCUCCAAUGGUUAUGCAAAAUAAACAUCAAAAGAGAAUAAUAACAAGUGAACAAGAUAAUAACCCGCAAAGCUCAUCCGAUUAUGGACCCGAUUCGCCAAUCUCUGCUGAUUUCUCAACACCCAACACCGCCGUUAUUGCUUCUUCUCCUAACAAAAGUAGGAGGGGUAUACAGAAAAGAGUAGUAUCAAUUCCGAUACCAGAUGCUGAUGGAUCAAGGAGUAAAGGCGAAGCAUAUCCACCGUCUGAUUCAUGGGCGUGGAGAAAGUACGGCCAAAAACCCAUCAAAGGAUCUCCAUAUCCGAGGGGAUAUUAUCGAUGUAGUACCUCCAAAGGAUGUCCUGCUAGAAAACAAGUAGAAAGAAGUUGUGUGGAUCCCACUAUGCUUAUUAUCACAUAUGCUUGUGAACACAACCAUCCUUUACCUACCACCAAGCACCAUCACCACCACCAUAACAACCAUCAAUCUUCUGAAGCCCAAGCGGACAUUGCCGAUGGUGGUGAGGAAGCAUCUGCGUCUCCAUCAUCUCCGAUACAUGUUAGUCUAUUUGGAGAUUUGCCUCAAUUAGAAUUUGUUGGGGACUCAUUGACGUUAGGAAAUUUGGGAGUAGAAUACAAUUGGGUUUCUGAUUUGUCAUUUGGUACUCCUGCUCUUGUUGGACCUAAAUGGGAAGAUACCGAAGUAUCAAUAUUAUCGAUGGAAGAGGAAGAUAAAUUAUUGUUCGGAGAUUUAGGUGAACUUCCUGAAUGCUCAUUAGUUUUCCGUCAUCACAAAGGAAACUUUGAAAGGCGUACAACUUCCACUCCAAUAUGUGGUCGUUUGAUUUUGUAACAUUUUGCUUCUUUGUCAUACUUAAUUUAAUCCUCUGAAUCAAAAUAAUUAGAUAAUAUUCAAAUGUCAAAAUAAAUGUAGCAUCAAUUCUUUUGAUGUACAGAAAGUUAAUUAAGAAUGUUUUUUAACAUUUAAAACAAUUUAUAAUUUUAUAUAUGAUGAGUACUUUAAAAAAUUCACAGGGAUGUAUUGUCAUUGUAAUACUAUACUACAGAGAGUUUAGAAUUCACACACCAUCUUUCCUCUUAAUUUUUAAUACAAAUUACUCAUAUUCUGAUCAAAUGCCUUACU